UUUAUUGUGAGUGAAGUGAUUUAGUAUAUCAUCAACGUGUUGAUAAUAACAGUGCUCAAUGUAACCAUAAAAAUGGAAUGCGCUAAUUUAAAAGAGUCCAACGGAAUAUUUAGAACCCAGAAUUAAAUACGUUCUCCUGCUACAGAAUAAAUCUAAAUGCUGUGUCGCGUACUGGUUUGUUUGAACUGUAUUAAAUUUUGUUUAAAAUAUUAAAUGCUUUAACAUUUUAUUCUGACAUCAUUUUAAGACUAAAUCGUUUGUGAGAAAUAUGAUGUGAAACACAAAGUGGACAUCAGAAAAGAAAAAACAAAUCUACAACAUCUGGAAAUAACAAUUAAUGUUCAGCUAUAAUGGAUUACAUCAUGCAUUCAAGAACAACGGAUUAUCGGAAUGAUUAUUGUUUUCCACCAAUAAUCUUCGAGUGCAAAUCGAAACCUACAACUGAAUGAGUUUUCUUCCUGUUGGACUGCCUGCCUCCUUGGGCACAAACAAGACAGCUGAAUUCGUAUUCGUCUACUGGACCGUUUUAACGAUAUAUUAAUCGGACUAAAGAUAUAAACUACUGGACGGUGUGUAUUCAUAGGGAAUCGAUACACUAUUAGUAUUCUUGGGAUAUUUCGGUAUGACUUACAACGAGGACUAAAGGAACAAAAUCAAUAUCACAUUUGACCGCAUCUCGAAGUGGAGAACUAUUCGUUUUGAUUCCGGAUUUAAUAGAGUCUUACAGUACAACGGAUUACCGGAAUGAUUAUUGUUUUCCACCAAUAAUCUUCGAGUGCCUAAUCUAAACAUACAACUAAAUGAGUGUUUUUCCUGUUGGACUGCCUGCCUCCUCGGGCAUAAAGAAGACAGCUAAAUGUGUAUUCGUGUACUGGACCGUUUGAAUAUAUAUAGAUAUAUUAAUUGGAUUAGAGAUAUAAACUACUGGACGGUGUGUAUUCAUACGGAAUCGAUAUACUAUUAGUGUUCUUGUGAUAUUUCGGUAUGACAUACAACGAGGACUAAAGGAACAAAAUCAAUAUCACAUUUGACCGCAUCUCGAAGUGGAGAACUAUUCGUUUUGAUUCCGGAUUCAAUAGAAUCUUACAGAAGUCAGCACAAAUAUAGAGUGUAGAAGGAAAACAACUGACGUCGGCAUAACUUGGAUAUUAAUGUUUGAGGUUUGAUGGCCCUGAUUCUGCCUUCAAUUCACGUAGCCGCUGACUCGAGACAAAAUGUCGUUUUCGGACAAUGAAUACCGGGAACAAAUAAUGCUCAGAAAACUGUGCCUUUUACAACAACAGAACAUUUCACUUGUCGAAGAUGGAGAAGGCAUGUACUGUAACAGCAGUUGGGAUAACGUGUCCUGUUGGCCUCGGACGCCGGCUGGAAGUCACGCCUCCAUCCCCUGUCCCUCCUAUCUUGUUGGCAUUAACGAAGCAAACAACGCUACGAAAUACUGUAAUAGCAACGGGACAUGGGCGUCAAAAGCAAUCUACGAUUUAUGUAUUCCGGAGGAAGAACCUUUGCCAAUGGACCAAGAGGUCAAUCACCUGAUGGCCAUCCGUGUGAUAUACAACGUGGGUUUCAGUGUUUCUACCCUCGCCUUGGUUGUGGCUCUUUACAUAUUCUUGUACUUCAGAAGCCUGCGUUGCCUUAGAAACUCAAUUCACUGUCACCUGAUAGUGACGUUUAUCGUGAAGAACAUCCUAUGGAUAAUCAUGCGACAUGUACUGACCUACUUGCAACAACCAGCACACGCGUGGGUAUGUAAGACAUUGAUUAGCCUUUUCAACUUUGCGACGGCGACCAACUUCUUCUGGAUGUUUGUUGAGGGGCUUUACCUGCACGUAAUAAUCGUGUGGACGUUCUCUGCAGAUAAAAUAAGACUAUCGUAUCUUCUCCUCAUCGGGUGGGGAAUGCCUGCAUUGAAUAUUGUUGCCUGGGUAAUUGUUAAGUCAAGACUGGAAGAAAAAGGCGAAAACUGCUGGUUGCCGAACGCUGAAGGCUCUACACAUUAUGAUUUUGUGUUCAUUGGACCAAUUCUAUUUGUAUUAUGUCUCAACAUUGUAUUCUUGUCAACAAUUGUGUGGGUGUUGAUAACAAAAUUGAGAGCUUCACAUACAUUAGAGAUUCGACAAUACAGGAAAGCAGUUAAGGCCACGAUUAUAUUGUUUCCUCUUCUGGGUAUCACCUACGUGUUGUUCAUUAUUUCACCUAGCGAUCAUCCACAAGUGAAACUCGUCUUCAACAUCAUAAAUGCUGUAUUACAGUCCUUUCAGGGAUUGCUCGUUGCAGUAUUUUAUUGCUUCUUAAAUGGUGAGGUAAAGGGAGUUUUGAAGAAGCGAAUUUCCCGUUUUAACGACGCUAGAACAUUGAGUACGAAAUUCACGCGUGCAUCUUACGGCGGGUGGACCAGAAACAGCGAAUAUGGGCACACAUCAGUAUCGCAUGCCGGAAACGGAUCUGUUGUCGAUCCAGUUAGAAGUACUGCAGUGAAAAGCUUCCCACCAGAAAGUAUACCACUAACGGACACUAAUGUGGACUCUGAUCAAAUUGAGUGUUUAUGAGUUCAUUGUUUAGGAAUUGUUGAGAUAUUUGUAAUUGCGUAUUGCCUUUGCAACCUUCGGAUAUAUAUUUGGGUGUUAUAUUAAGAUAAUAUCUGUCGUGUUGUGAUGGUGUAUGCAUGGGAAAAACUGUAGUGUACGGGAUUUUAAUGAUUCUAACACCAAAUGUUAUUGAUUAUUUAUCAACUUAAAUGCAAUAUAUAUACUUAUAGCCUACAUCAUGGACUAUGAUCACAACACAUAUUGUUAGCAUUCGGUGUCGUCUUAACAAUUAACAGCAGGCUGAUUAUGAAUUGUGUGGAUGCAUUCAUUUCUUCUUGAUACUUCUUGCGUGUGCAAGAUGGACUCGAGAAACGACGUGAUUGAUUUAGAAAAUAAUUUGUAAAUUGUCAUGUAAAUAUGUUUAGUUGCAUAUUGUUGAUCAAUUAAGUAGAUGUACUUUGCAGUCAUACUAUGUUGUCCUUGCUAUCAUCUUUGUACUCGUUUGUCCCUACUCGAACGGCUUAGUCUUAUCAAAUAAAAAGGGUGUUUUACUUAAAUGAUUUGAGCAUUCGGUUUGCCAAUAAACGGAAAUAGGUCAGGUUAGAAAAUCCGUUUAAAUACACAUUGAAAUAAGAAUUCAUUUAAAGCACGCCAUCUAAAAAGAAUACAAUAUCGACCAAUGAAACUUCAUUUUAGAAAAACAAACACUUUUGAAACCUGCUAUUAAGUUUCACUUUGUACUUUACAUUCCCUUUAAG